AGCAGGUCAGCUGAUUCAGGCGGCACGCGGAAACUGUAAAGUCAUUUGAAAAGCGGCAGUAGAUCUCCAGAGACUGUCUUCACACACCUCACCUUUUAAUGUUGACAACAGCGUGGAUAUCAAACUCAGGUAGUUUUGUUUGACCACACCAGUCAGCGGGCUGUCAUCCUAUGGAGGAAGUUAUGGCACAGAACGAGUCGUUAGUCGCGCUGAAUGGGACUCAAAUAUCUUACAUUGGACAUGACUGUAACGACAUUCCAGACUUCCUUGGGGACCAAUACGGCCACUUUGCAAGAAGGCUGGAUCUAAGCUUCAAUCAGCUCAGGUCGCUGGCAGGCCUCAAAAUGUUCACUGAGCUGGAAGAGCUGGUCGUCGACAACAAUCUUCUCGGAAAUGACCUCCGGUUUCCCAGGUUACCCAACCUCCACACCCUCACACUCAAUAAGAACCAAAUAUCUGAUAUCGAGGCCCUGCUGGAACACUUGGCUGAUGUGACCCCGUCACUGGAGUACCUAAGCCUGCUGGGAAACGAGGCUUGCCCCAACCAGCUGGUCAGCCUGGAUAAGGACGAGGACGACUACCAGAGAUACAGGUACUUUGUUCUGCACAAGAUGCCCCAGCUGAAGUUUCUGGACACGAGGAAAGUAACCAGAAAAGAAGUGAUGGAGGCGCAGGCAAGAGGAGCCUUCAUGAAAGUGGUCAAACCCAAGUCGGAAGUUCCGCCUAUUGAGGCUGGAUCAGAGGGUCAGGAGAUGCCCUACACUCCUCUACCCCGAGGAUCCAGAGAUGCAAGAAACCACAAAGGGGUAUUCGCCAAGUGUCGCUACGUCUACUACGGCAAGCACUCAGAAGGCAACAGAUUCAUUCGGAACGACCAGCUCUGAUGGACAGCCGCUCAGGCAGAAAGAGGGACAUGAAAUACAAUGGAUGUUAACAGAAGGAAACAGAUGGAAUCUAUCUCUUAUUUAUUGUAACCACUGCUGAUAUUUGAGUUGUCUGAUUCCCGCUGGAAAAGAGUAUACAUAUAGUUAUGCAAGGGUAAUGUUUUUUUUUGCUUUUUUUUUUGGGGGGGGGGGGGGUUGAAGUUUUUAGAGUUUUAUUCUGGACUCAUAGUUAGGACCUCCUCUGCUGAGCUCGGUCUGCUUCUGCCUCUUUGCUUCAAGCUCAGAGUCAGAGUCAGAGAUGACACUGUCACUGACAUGACUGCCUGGAAGCAACAGCAGCCGCACAAUUCCAGACACACACAAACACAGGCAGCCUUUCUCUUUCUGUCCCUGUCUCUCUCUCUCUUUCUCACACAAACACAGCCUUUCUCUAUUUCUCUCUCUCUCUCUCUCUCUCUGUCACUCUCACACACACACACACACACACACACACACACACACACACACACACACACACACACACACACACACACACACACACACACACACACACUCACACACGGUCAGUGACAAACAGACCCAGCCAAUUGCAUCCUUUUCUCUGACAGCCAUGAUGGAUCACCCGUCCACUACCGCCACUAAUCAAGGGUGAAAGGGGUGACGGUCACACACCUGGGGCCUGACAUGGACUCAUCUCUCUUCUUCUUCUCUGUCUUUUACACACACAUAACUGCUGUUGUUCACAUUAAGACAUAGCAGAGACAGCAGGUUUAUACAGUAUGGUUGAACAUUCCUAAAAUCUCCCAUCCAACCCUGAGGCAUCCGAAGUCUUCCUUGUUGUGUUUGUUGCAGGUUGCAGAACGCUUUCCUUCUUCUUCUUCUUUUUGAAUGAACUUUAUUAAAUGAAUACACGUGUGUAUAUAUUAGCAUGUGUUAUUUUCUGAAAGAGAUAUAUUAAAUGCAGUUGUGAGCAUUCCAGCAUGAGCUUUAAUAAAGAACAGGGUCGUAACAAAGUAUUUGUUCGAGGAACAGAAAUAUACAGUAUAUUAUGAUGUGAUUUCUUUUUUGUUCAUGUUUUUACUUUACACUCUUCAGCUUCUUCUUUAAAAUGCAUCAGUGCAAGGAACAAGUAGCUGGUACAAUCUUGUGCUUGCAAGAAAAUGAGAAUUGAGUCUACAGUUGCCUUAAAUGAGAUCAAAUGCCUUCUCUCUUUUUUAACUGUUUAUAUUUGAUAAUGUUUUGAGAUAUUUCAUGGUUUUAUGCUUUUUACUUGAUUUUUAAUGCCCUAUCCAAACAAGGUAAGGAUCUGUAAAGUGCCGCCAUUUUUCAGUCGUACCUAAAGUUUUCUGGACAUUAUAACAUAAAUGAAAUUAUAGCAUAAAUGAAUGAUGUGAUAAAGCUGGUCUGAUGCUAAAUUGUUAUGGCUGAACGUCUUCAGGUGAUUAAAAGGGUUCAAUAACA